AUGGGAUUUUUGCAAAUUAUUUCCGCAGAUGAACUAUCUGCAGUAUACCACGUCAACGAAGGACAGCUAGCCCUGAAUGCAGAGGGAGAAACUAAAGAAGUCACGACUGGUAUUACAUUCAUUCGUCAGCCCUUCCCAGGUGGGCUCAAAUUUAACCUUGAAGGCUGGGUUGGGCCUUUGACCGGCAAAACGUCCACCUACAAAAAGACGCAGGGAUAUGACAUUGCACCUCCUAUCCCAAAGGAGGUGGUUAUCGUCACUGCCAACUAUCCCAACGGUAAGCUCGUGCCUGUUGAAAUUACCCCUUCAGGCACCCGCGUCCCAUCAGCCUCCAAAGACGGUGAUACAAACAUUGUGGUCCCUGAAACCGAGACCAUAUCUGCCAGGAUUGGAACCCCCUUCAAGGUUAAACAAUCCAAGAAUAUCGGCAGUUCGCAACUUGGAGACAUCUCUAUCAAUUACAAUGACCAAUAUGUAUUGUUGAAGAAUGCUUCCAUUCAAGGGGGUGACAUUGUUUGGACCUUUGAUCCAGUGAAGACUGGCGUUACAGAGGUGGUGGUCUUUGUGAUGGGUACGGUUCAAAAUUUCGUCUUGAGGAUUCCAUAUAAAGUGGAAAUUUUUGACACCAAGAACGCACAAGUCUCUACUGCCAAUCGCUAG